ACGAUAAAAUUAUUUAUUAUUAAUAAUAAUUCUUGAAUAACCCAAAUGCGAGUUAGCAAUUUUGAUUUACAUCAUCCUACAUCACAAUUCAAAGAAGUACCUAUAGCCAUCGCUAUGAAUAGUAUUCAGUUAAAUUUAAAAUGCAAUCAUUAGGGUAGAUAUAGGUAAUCUGAAAAUUUUGCUUUGUCAUCUUUCCAUUAAUAAAAAAAGUAAAGUAUUGUGGCUACGCCACUGGUAAAUAACGCUAACUUCAUAGUUACUAAAAAGGGGGAGUCACGUGAACUACGUUCAUUUAUAAAACGUCAGUUACGCGGUAGAGGUCUCUUUCAGGUUGAAGUUGUUUAGAGUGUAAGAUUACGCGGUGUGUAUUGUUGAUAGUGUAAUAAACCAAGGUUCAGAAUGCCCGAAACAGUGCAUGUUAAUGGCUUUAUUAAUGGUCAUAAUCCCUAUGACAUGGAGGAUGGCUCGAAUUUUUUAUUUACCUCGGAAUCUGUCGGCGAAGGACAUCCAGAUAAAAUGUGUGACCAGAUAAGUGAUGCAAUACUCGAUGCUCAUCUAGAACAAGACCCAAAUGCCAAAGUAGCUUGCGAAACCGUUACUAAAACUGGAAUGAUCCUCUUGUGUGGAGAAAUAACAUCAAAAGCUGUAGUAGAUUAUCAAAAAGUUGUCAGAGAAACGAUCAAACACAUUGGCUAUGAUGAUUCAUCAAAAGGAUUCGAUUGGCGAACCUUGAACCUUUUGAUUGCUAUUGAGGAACAGUCACCAAAUAUAGCAAACGGUGUUUAUGAAAAUAAAGAAGAACGCGAUAUUGGUGCGGGCGAUCAGGGAUUAAUGUUUGGCUACGCAACCGAUGAAACUGAAGAAUGCAUGCCCCUGACUGUAGUAUUGGCACACAAAUUAAAUUCCAGAAUUGCGGAGUUGAGACGAUCGGGGGAAUUUUGGUGGGCCAGACCCGAUUCUAAAACUCAAGUUACCUGCGAGUACAACUUUUCCCGGGGCGCCUGCGUGCCCCUUAGGGUUCAUACAGUUGUCGUGUCCCUACAGCACAGCGACAAGAUCAGCUUGGAGGAUUUGAGAACGGAGAUAAGUAACAAAGUAAUCAGUCAGGUGAUACCUGAAAGGUAUUUAGACGACCGGACCGUUGUUCACAUCAACCCCUGUGGUCUGUUCAUUAUUGGGGGUCCUCAGAGCGACGCUGGUUUGACGGGGCGUAAAAUAAUCGUCGACACGUACGGCGGCUGGGGGGCGCACGGGGGCGGCGCGUUUUCGGGCAAAGACUUUACAAAGGUCGACAGAUCGGCGGCGUACGCCGCGCGGUGGGUGGCGAAGUCUCUGGUAAAGGCAGGCCUGUGCCGAAGAUGUCUCGUGCAAGUUUCGUACGCCAUUGGUCUUGCUGAGCCCCUUUCGAUUACCGUUUUCGACUACGGAACGUCGAAAUUGUCCCAGAAGAAGCUCCUGGAAAUUGUCAGGAAAAAUUUCGACUUGAGGCCCGGCAAAAUCGUCAAAGAGCUAAACCUUAAACAACCAAUCUACCAAAAGACAAGCGUGUAUGGGCACUUUGGCAGAGACGGGUUCACAUGGGAACAACCGAAGCAAUUGCGUAUCGAUUGACAACCCUCUCUCUCUCUCUCUCCCUUCUACGGUCUACCGUAAAUUAAUGUAAUUUCACACGUCGUCACACCUUCGAUUAAUAAGUUUAAUUUUUGUCGCCUCCCCAUCCUGCUCUAACACUAGCCUCAUCCCUCAACCCCUACGCCUCCCUCUAC